AAGUACCAUGGUAACAGAAGCAGACAAGAAUUUUCCGGCAUGUAACGAUCCAGUGGACCUACGAUCACAUCGGAUAAUCACUUUCAAGCUAGAAGAGGGGAAUCGCAACAGUCGAGAGCGCGGGGUAAGCGACGCGUGCGCCGAAACGCUUCUCUACAUAAAUAUCGCAGCCGCGCUCUUACAGUAGUAACACAGACCGUACUAUCAGACGCUCGUUGCCUUUAUGACCAGUGCCUUUUAACUCUGCAACAUAACACGAUAAGACGCGACGCGCAACUCCGCUUCACAGCCAUCGAUCAAACGAUCAUCUAGAACAUCACACUCUACACGAUUGCUGGACCAGCAAUAAUAGCGCAUCACAAUGUCACGUGUUAUACUCAAGGAAUCGCCGAAUGCGGCCUUAGACAAAACCUUGUUAAAUAAGUACCUCGACCUGCCUCAACCGGAAAAUAAAAUUCAAGCGAAAUACAUCUGGAUUGAUGGUACUGGUGAAAGUUUGCGAAGCAAGACUAGGACGGUAGAUUUUGUACCAAAACAUGCAUCAGAUUUACCAAUAUGGACCUUCGACGGUAGUUCAACUUACCAAGCAGACGGCGCAAACAGCGAUAUUUUCCUUUGUCCAGUGGCAAUUUACAACGACCCCUUUCGUCGUGGAAAUAAUAAACUAGUAUUAUGUGAUACCUACUAUAGCGACAUGACUCCGACUACAUCUAACAAACGUUCCAAAUGUAAUCAGGUCAUGGAAGCUGUUAAGGAUGAAGAUCCAUGGUUUGGAAUUGAACAAGAAUAUACUUUUCUUGAUUUUGACGGUAGACCACUUGGUUGGCCAAAAAAUGGUUUCCCUAAGCCUCAAGGACCGUACUAUUGCGGUGUAGGCGCCGACAAAGUAAUUGGUCGCGAAAUCGUCGAGGCUCAUUAUCGAGCUUGCCUUUAUGCUGGCGUAAAAAUUGCCGGUACUAAUGCAGAAGUCAUGCCCUCACAAUGGGAAUUCCAAGUCGGUCCAUGUAGUGGAAUAUCUGCUGGCGAUGAUUUAUGGAUUGCUAGAUUUAUUCUUCAUCGUGUAGCUGAAGAGUUUGGUGUGAUUGUAAGUUUAGAUCCGAAAAUUAUGGACAAUUGGAAUGGUGCAGGUGCACAUACAAACUUCUCGACAAAAUCGAUGCGUGCCGAAAAUGGCAUUGCCGAAAUUGAAAAAGCAAUCGAUAAGUUGAGCAAACAACAUCUAAGGCACAUUCAAGCGUAUGAUCCACGCGGAGGAAAAGACAACGAGCGACGUCUGACUGGAAAAUGCGAGACCAGUAGUAUAUAUGAUUUCAGUGCUGGUGUGGCCAAUCGUAAUGUUAGUAUUCGCAUUCCUCGUGGAGUUGCUGAAGAAAAGAAAGGCUAUUUGGAAGAUAGAAGACCUAGCAGUAAUUGCGAUCCUUAUUCGGUGUGUCAUGCUUUGGUGCGCACUUGUGUUUUAAAUGAAUAAAAAAACUCCAAGUUAUUUCCAAACAGGCAGCGGAAAGGAGAAAUUGGACGAAAAAUUUUGUAGUGCAAUAGUAAUCGUAUCUUCGUGAAGCAUAUUCUAUGAAAAUGUAUAAAAUUAUUUCUAAAAUUAAAAAUAUA